CGUCCACUUGGGGCCCACAUGGGCCUCACUUGGGCUAGUUGGGCUUUGGCUGGGCAUGGGCUCAGAGUGGGCUUUGUUGUUGGGCCCCACAUGGGCAGUAGAUGGGCUAAACUCAGUGGGCUCCAGCUAGGGCUCCACAAGAUAUUAUGUUUUUAUAUAUAUAUUCAAAAUUAAUUAUGUCAGACAUGGAUGCUUUUUUUAACAAUAGCCACUAGGCUAGGGUCACUUUUUAUAUGAAUAUUAUUAGACUAUUAAGCUAUUUAGAAGCCAUAGCAAUUUAAUAGUGGUCUGAAGCACUAUACAACUUUCAACAGACAAGUUUGCCACAGCAGGUUGCACAAAAUGUUCAAACCUAAGCAGUGCGCACUGUGUGCAGCGCACAUCCGGAAAGCUCCACCCCCAUCACUGAGCGAAAGAAGUUUGCCCAGCAACAAUUUUGCCGCCUUUAGUCUGCUGUCCGUUAAGGAUCCAUUACGGUGUCGACUGGACAAAAGACAGAAUAAUGGAGUGUUCAGAAAGAACUAAAAGGAGGAAAAUAUCAGCGAAAGUGGAGGAACAUUUGCGUCUCCUUGAAAAGGAGUCUAUGAUUGAUUUGUUGGCACAUGACUCUGAAAACGAAUACCAACUGGAUGAUUUGUUAGAGCAUACUGAAAGCGAAGAUUCCAUGGACACUUUCUACGAUGCUUGUGAUCAGAACUGUUUUGAGAAUUCAUCAAUUGAUUUAGAAGAUGAAAAUUCCUCAGAUUCUUUUUAUGAUUUUAACAUUUCCUCAUUUGAUGAUUUGGAUUCUGAAAACCGGGUUCCAGGUGAUAUGCCUGGUUGUGAUAGUGACUGUGAUUUGCAUGGAGAUGUGUGUUCUGACUUGGAAGAUGACAAUGAUGAUGAUUCGCAUGGGAUUGCAGAGUGGGCUGCAGAAUUCAACAUACCACAAACAGCGCUGUCUGCACUUCUUAAAAUCCUAAGGAGAAAGGGUCUUGAUAUCCCAAUGGAUGGCAGAACUCUUAUGUCAACUGACAGAUCUUGCAAUGUGGCGAAUAUGGCUGGGGGGUCCUACUACCACUUUGGAAUCGAAAAUGCUCUCAUAGCUGAACUAACAUCUUUAGGACAUUUAGCAAAUGUGACUGAUACUCUCACACUUCGAAUUAACAUCGAUGGAUUGCCCUUAUUCCGUAGCUCCAGUUUGAGUCUGUGGCCUAUUCUGGGUAUGAUUAAGGAAAUUCCAGAGUGUAGUGUCUUUGUAAUUGGAGUGUACUCUGGUGUGUCCAAACCCGCAAAUGUGCAAGAGUAUUUACAAGAAUUCAUUGUAGAUAUGAAAGCAAUUUCUCAGAGUGGUAUUGUGUACAAUGGUGUACAUUUCAGGGUACCAUUACCUGAUGCUUUUAUUUGUGAUGCACCUGCUCGUGCCUUUCUUAAAUGCUCCAAAGGCCAUACGGGCUAUUAUGGGUGUGAGAGGUGCACUCAAAAAGGCCAGUACAUUAAUGGGAAGGUGGCUUAUCCUGAAAUAUCAGCAGAGCUCAGGACAGAUGAGCAAUUUGGCAGGCAAGGCUAUCAACAGCACCAACUGUCAGCCUCCCCCCUAAAUGACCUGGGUAUAGGUUUAGUUACCAGUUUUGUGUUAGAUUAUAUGCACCUUGUCUGCUUGGGGGCAAUGCGUAAGUUAAUAUUUCUUUGGUUGAAGGGGCCGCUGAAAUGCAGGCAAUCUAUGAAGUUUUUUGUUGUAAUGUCAGCAUUUAUGGUUUCUAUCAGGCAAUAUUUACCUAGCAAUUUUGCAAGGAAACCACGAUCUUUGUUUGAAUUCAGCACAUGGAAAGCUACAGAGCUUCGGCAAUUUUUACUUUACACUGGGCCUGUUGUUCUCCUCAAUAAUAUACCCAGUAUAAUGUACAGAAACUUUUUACUUCUAUCAGUAUCUAUGAGAAUACUUCUGAGUCCUGCCUUAUGUUCUCCUGACAAUUGUGACUAUGCUGAGGAGAUUUUGAAACUCUUUGUAACAGAUUUUGCUGCAAUUUAUGGUGCUGAAUUUGUCAGCUAUAACAUGCAUUCAUUGAUCCACCUAGCUCAAGAUGCACGAAAUUUCGGCCCGUUAGAUAGUGUUUCAGCUUUUCCCUUUGAGACAUUUUUAGGUAAACUGAAAAAACUUGUCCGUCGGCCUCAAAACCCUGUCCAACAACUCGUCAGGCGAAUCCAUGAGAAGCAGAAAGUGGCAAGCCAAAAGACCACAUCAGUUUUCAGCCCACUUAAACAGCUCCACUUUUCUGGACCAUUGAUUAAUUCAAUUGCAACAUGGGAACAAUACAGGCGUUACAAUGAUGGACAGACACUGAUCUCCUCCUCUCGUGGCGAUGACUGUUUUUCUGUAGGGGGAAGGAUUCUUAUUGUGCGGAACAUUUUGUCACAUUCUGGAACUGUUAAAGUCCUGUGUAAUUUCUUUGAAACUGCCAAAUCCUUUUUCACCUAUCCAAUGGACUCAUCAUGUCUUGGAAUUCUUUUUGUUUUUAAUUUAUCUGAAGACUUGCAGCUGUUACCUGUGGAGGAGUUAAAAACAAAAAUGGUGUUAUUGCCACUCAAGACUGGAUACGUGGCAUUGCCACUCCUGCACUAGUGUGCUAUUUAUUAUUAUUUUUUAUUGUUUGUUUUAAUUUUUUUUUGCAUGUAUUUGUUUUUCUUUAAGCAUGUUACCUUUCGCGAUAGUUGAAUUUAUAAAUAGUGGAGGAUUGGCAGUUAUACCGACCAAGUGGUUUAUCGGGCCUGAGGAGGAUGAAUGCUACUGGCCACCAGCAAGGAUGAACAUGGCAAAGGCGGUCAUAGAGCAACAGGACCCUCACACUGACUGGGCGACAUACAAGUUGACUGUCAAGAGAAAAGUCGCAACGUAUGAAAUUGCCCGCACAAAAUUAGUCGAGUAUGAACAGAACACAGAUGUACCAACCGAAUCUGAUUCUACAGAGAAUAUGGGAAGGGGGAAGCGCAAAAAGAGACGAGUGAUUUUGUCCAGUGACGAUGAGGAUGAUGUCAAUUGGUCCGGCAGCCAAAUCAGGCCUACACCUCCAUCCACCCUCAGGUCUGUGCUGACACCUCCACCGCCUCCAUCCACCCUCAGGUCUGUGCUGACACCUCCACCGCCUCCAUCCACCCUCAGGUCUGUGCUGACACCUCCACCGCCUCCAUCCACCCUCAGGUCUGUGCUGACACCUCCACCGCCUCCAUCCACCCUCAGGUCUGUGCUGACACCUGCACCGCCUCCAUCCACCCUCAGUUCUUCACCAUCAUCUGCUAGGCCGACACUUCCACCACCUCUGGGUAACCUGAGAUGGCCUGAUGUUUCAACCCAUCACCACGUCACCAUGUCACCAGAAACCUCUCAAAGACAAAUCAGGGGCAACAUGUUUGUUCGCAUCUUAACACUGAUUGAGGAGAUGAAAGAGACACAAAAAAUCCAGGGGAGGAUGUUACAAACGCUUCUACAACAGCGUGGCAACAUCGGCACCACCUUCUCUUCUACCCCCGAGGGUUUCCCCCUAAAGACAGUUAGGGAUGUGGAAAUCAUGGAAGAAAAACUGGCAAACCCAAACUUCAUGUCCGAACUGGUUGCAGCUGUGACUGACAUAGGAGGGGGGACUGUUGACGAGGCCACAAAAAGGAUGAUGACUUUUCUCCUAGACCAUGGCCUAUCCAGGCAGUAUAACUUUGUGGGCCGAAAUGGGAAGAGAGAGUUCAAGGCCUUAAAACUGUAUGAAGUAAUAUAUGGAGGCUUAAAGAAAAACGCCAUGACCAGCCAAAUCACCCGUAAAGAUGCCGAGAAGGCGGUCUCCAAGUGGCUCAUUGGUGCUAGGGACCGGGGGGGUAAUAGACAGGCCCGACAGUCAACCCCUCAACAAGGACUUCAGGCUUCAGGCUCGUUUGAGGUGGAAAGAAACUAAUUCUGUUUGUGACAGUGAGGGAACACUGUGCAAAAGCAUGUUGUCAUAAAUUUUACUUAAAUAAAAUGUAAUUAAUUCUA